CCAUUGAUAAUGAAGUGAAAGAAGUCCUACAUAACAACUAUGAGCUAACGCCUAUAGUUGCAAGUACUAUAUUGAAACACAGUAAAACACCUACAGAUAGAAUUGUGUUGCAGUGUGUUCAGUUACUCCAGAGGAUAACAUACAAUUGUAGAAUACUUUAUCCAAACUCCAUGAUUGAUGAUUUGUUGACAUUUCUUAUGACACACAUACAAGGUACAGAGAAUCAGUUGACUUUACCCUGCCUUGGAUUGAUGGCUAAUCUUUGUAAAAAUAAUGUUUCUAUACAGGCACAUAUCAAAUCUAUGGACAGCAUAAAGUCUGUAUAUAAGGCAUUAAUUCAAUACUUAUCUCAUCGUAAUUUGACAAUGAUAGUAUUUGCACUGUCCGUCAUAACAAGUCUAUGUUUAAAUGAAGACCUUGGUAAUAAGUUAUUCCAAGCCAAGAAUGUUAAUCAGACAUUUCAGUUAUUAUUUAAUAUCUUGAUCCAAGGUGAAGAUCUGACCACAAUACAAUAUGUUGCUGACCUAUUUGUGUUUUUAUUGAAAAGUCCAAAAAUUCAACAAUCCAUGCUAGUAUUUGAAGAUCUUUCAGGAGGAAUCCAAGAAGUUUUGAAACUACUAACAAGAAAUAGUGAACCAGAGUCCAUUUGUAAGACAUUUGAAUUACUGCUUGCGUUCUGUAAAAGCAGUGGUAUACGAUGUACUGUCUGUCACACCCUGAUGUCAUCUCCAUUAGUACAGAACUGUGAAUCUGUACCACAGCAUCCAAUGCAACUCCCUGGAAUAACACAACCAUUCUAUGCUGUAUUACACUGGACAAGGCAAACACAUGCAACACAUGAUAAAGCACCUUUAUUGGCACUGGAUUUCUUGAAAGAAAUAUACGAGGAAAUGUUAGAUUCUGGUUUAACAUCUCAGCUGUCACCAAGGAUUGACUUAGUACUACCAACCCUAUCAGAAAAAUUACAUCCACCAACAGAGUCAGAUGACAAGACAAUCAAACAUCAGUGUGUGAAAUCUGUCAAGAUAAUAGACAUUAUACAAGAUAUCCUUUUAUUAUUGUCAGAUAUCCAGAUUAUAUUAUGUGAUUUGCAUCAACCAAUGACAAUUCACAUAGUGUACAUGUCAGACCAAAAAGCCACCAGCAGAACUGGAUACAUGU